AUGACGCUUGCAUUGAAGACUGUCUUGGGCUCAGCCGCAUCUGGACUGGUCAGGGGCAAGCCACCUGACGCCGAUGGCUUCAUGCCGUGCGACGUUGGAGGCGGACUUCCGUCUCCGCUCCCGCUGCAUCUAGAAGUUGUUACCAUCUCGGAAGGACGACUCCCGGCUUGUAUCAAGACAGUCAACCCCUUGACUGCGUUGAAACGACUUCUCCCAAUUCUGGCUACCGACAUACAACCCAUCUGCUCCCUCGUCGAUCAAAAAGUGACAAAAGAGAUAGCCCCUACAGAUUGA